AUGAAGUACAAGCGUAUGGCCAUCGAGAUCGAGGCGCCGGAAGAGUCUGGCGCCCACAUUCAAUAUAACCUGAGUGAAAGUUCCACCACCGACCGAACGCUGCAUUCACUUGGCCUGCAGCUCCCGGACCUCACACUACUAUACACCGAGCACCGUGGAACAACACGCUUGCGCCAACUCAUCGUCGAGGGUACCACGCUUCAACCAGAUGAUGUGCUCGUCACGGCUGGUGCCGCCGGCGCUUUGUUCAUCAUCGCUACAUCUCAGCUGUCAGCGGGUGACCACUUACUUGUCAUGCGACCCAACUAUGCAUCAAAUCUGGAGACUCCUAGGGCCACCGGCUGCGAUAUCUCCUUCAUCGACCUGCAGAUGGAGGAUAAAUACCAACCCAACCUCGCAGACAUCGAAGCAGCGAUCAGACCCAACACCAAGCUCAUAUCGAUCACGUGCCCCCACAACCCGACCGGGACCAACAUCUCGCUCCAGUCUCUGAAGGACAUCGUGGCCUUGGCGAAGCGAAAAGGCUGUCUGCUUCUCGUGGACGAGACCUACCACGAGAUCCACUACGGCCAUCAGCUUCCCAUUGCAGCAUCCCUCGGUAACCAUGUGAUCAGCGUCUCGUCCAUGAGUAAGUCCUGGGGCUUGCCCGGCAUCAGAAUUGGAUGGUUAAUCACUCAAAACAAGGACCUCCAGACGACAUUCCUUGCCGCUAAGGAACAGAUCAGCAUCAGUGGAAGUGUGAUAGACGAAUGGAUUGCAGAGCAGAUCUUGUCGCGGAAGGCCGAGUUGAUUCCCGCAGCAAACAAGGAAAUGGCCGAACGACGCAGCAUCGUCGAAGCGUGGGUGGAGGAAGAGCCGUUGGUUGAAUGGGUGAAACCUGUCGGAGGAGCUGUCUGCUUCCCCCGGAUGAAGGAAGAGCCAAUUGGUGGUACGGCUGCGUUCUACGAUCGUCUUCUUCAGAAAUACAGCACCUACGUUGGGUUGGGACAUUGGUUUGAGCGACCGGACACGCAUUUCAGGAUCGGUUUCGGAUGGCCAUCGCAGGAGGAGCUGAGACAAGGAUUAGAGAAUAUCUCGAAGGCUCUGCGAGAUCAAUGA